AUCCAACCACGCUUUUCUGACUUCCACUAUCCAAUUUCCCAGUUUGCUCAGAUCCUUGAGCAAUCCAGCAGACAGACAUGGCUGCUCUUACUUCCUCCGCCGUUGUCGCGCCUGCGGCCUUUCAGGCUGCGGUGCAGUCGUCCGGCGCUGCCUCCAAGGCGAUGUCCUUCUCCGGCCUCAAGGCUGGCGUCGCCAAGACCAGCGAGUUCGCCGCGAAGACCGUCUCCAACAGCAGCCGCGUCUCCUGCAUGAAGGUCUGGAGCCCCAUCAACAACCCCAGGUUCGAGACUCUUUCCUACCUGCCCGCGCUCACCGACGACAUGAUUGCAAAGGAGAUCCGCUACAUGCUCUCCAAGGGCUGGGUUCCCUGCCUCGAGUUCGACCCCAGCGGUGUUGUCUUCAGGGAAAACAACAGCGGCCCUGGCUACUAUGACGGCCGCUACUGGACGAUGUGGAAGCUGCCCCUCUUCGGCUGCACCGACGCGUCGCAGGUGCUUCGGGAGUUGGCCGAGUGCAAGGCUGCCUACCCCCAGUGCUAUAUCCGCGUUUUGGGCUUUGACAAUGUGCAGCAGGUGCAGUGCAUGAGCUUCAUCGCGCACAAGCCUUUCUAGAUGCCGAUACACAAUGCAUCUAGUUUCUAGGCUUUUUUUGCUUUGUUUUGGGUUCAAUGCGUCUACUUCUAUACACAUUUUCGCCCGAGACUCAGCUGGGAUCUAUACACCUAGUAUG